AUGCUUGGCUCUACGGUCUUACUCCUGGCUGCAGCGUUGGCUCUGCCAACUGAUGCCCGACGGGUAUCACGGCUAACAGUGGACUCUACUCCCACGCUAACCCUUCCAUGGGGAACAUGGGAAGGACAGCCGUAUGGCGAAGAUGGCGAGACAACCAUCUUCAAGAACGUCCGCUUCGGCCAAGCUCCUGUCGAUGAAUUGCGCUUCGCAGCACCAAAAUACCCUGAGGCGAUCAAGGACCCCAGACAAGUUCAAGACAGUACCUAUGGACCGAGCUGUAUCCAGGCCAAAAUACCCAAAGAGAAUGUGACCGUAGAACCUACAGACGACAGUAGCAUUCAAGACGAGGACUGCCUCUUCCUCGAUGUCUAUGUUCCCUCGUGGGCACUAGAGCCAGAUGCAGGCGUCAAUGAGGAUCCGCUUCCUGUUGUUGUGUGGAUCUAUGGAGGAGCAUACAUCUUCGGCUCGAAGGAUCUCGCUUUCAAUACGACGGAUGGUCAUUUCCAAGCUUACGACGGCCAAGGUAUUCGUGAUGCGACUAGUCAAAGCGUCAUCUGGGUGACUGGGAACUACAGGAUGGGAGCGUUUGGUUUCUUGGCUGGCUCUACUAUGGAAGAAAAGGCACAGCCCAACGCGGGAUUGCACGAUCAGCGCCUUCUCUUAGACUGGGUUCAACGAUACAUUGGUCAGGUGGGUGGAGAUAAGAACACCGUAAGCGCAUGGGGUCUGUCUGCCGGCGCAGGAUCCAUCCUCCACCACCUGACCGCGUAUGGCGGGAGUGGGAAAGGGGAAACACCGCUGUUUCAUCGGGCUGUUAUGUGGAGCCCUGCAUUCCAGUGGGGCUAUGAUCGUGCUGGAGCCUUGGAAGAUACCUUUCACAAGUUCGCGGACCAGGUCGAGUGCUCUUCAAAGGCGCUUGACUGUCUCAGGAAGGCCAGCACGGACGACUUGACUAAGGCCAACCAAAAAAUCACUAGCGAGGCUUUGAAACUGGGCAUGUUUCCAUUUGGUCCGGCCGUGGAUGGAGACCUUGUGCCAGAGCUCCCGGCUGCUCUGUUGAGCAAAGGAAAACACACCAGCUGCAGUUCGAUCAUUGUGUCUCACGACCACGACGAAGUCAGCCUAUUCCUUGCGAAAUGGGUUGAUACAGAAGAAGAGUUCAGCGAGUUUCUGACUUAUGCCUUUCCCGGCGUCGCGCUUGCCAAUAUUCGGGAUCGAAUCGAGAAGCAAUAUCCAGCCAAAUUUUUCGACUCCCAGCAGAAGAUGCGCAUGAGAAAAGUAUUGCGCGACUCGACCUUUGUCUGCAACACGCGCCAGAUCUACAACGCUUUCCACAAUGAUUCCACUGUAUACACGGCGAAAUUUGAAUUACCUCCUGCCCAACACGGCUUUGAUAUGUUCGCUCUGAUUUGGCACCGCGGCGUCGCUGUAAGCGAGUUGCUCAAGAACGCAUCAGAAAAAAUCCCUGACUUCAUUCUCGAUCUCUUCGAUAAUAUCUGGCCAGGUUUUGCCCCAAAAUUCCAAGCUUACUUUGCGGGACACGCGGUUGCUGGCGAUCCCAACUUAUUCAGCAGUCACCGCAGACUGGAUUGGGAGCCUACAGUUGAUGACGGCAACGAGCUAACAAAUUCAUUGAAAAUGGGAUUGUAUCCGAAUUAUGUUCAUCCUUUUUUCAAGGUGGGCAGGGACGCGCAGAACUCGAUGGACAAUUGCGCUUUCUGGGAUGAGAUUGCAAAGGAUAUCUCGGCACUCAAGAAGGAGUCCGCAUCGCUGGUUAGCUUCAGAGAACAGCUUGAGCUACGCUGA